AUGUGGCGCAAGUGCCUCAGCAGCCUGGUGGCCAGUGGCCAGCGUCAGAUGCAGCCGGUGGUGCGUCUCAUGCACCAGCGUGUGCCCGCCAGCAGACCGCCAAAAAUUCUAAUCACCGGUGGUCUCGGCCAGCUGGGCAUUGAGUGCGCCAAGCUGCUGCGCUCGCAGUACGGCAGCGAGAACGUCAUACUCUCGGACAUCAUAAAGCCCAGCCAGGCGGUGCUGGAAAAUGGACCCUACAUCUUUGCCGACAUCCUGGACUUCAAGGGCCUGCAGAAGAUAGUUGUAAAUGAGCGCAUCGAUUGGCUCAUUCACUUCUCGGCGCUGCUCAGCGCAGUGGGCGAACAGAACGUGCCACUCGCAGUGAGGGUCAACAUUGAGGGCGUGCACAAUGUUAUCGAGCUGGCGAAACAGUAUAAGCUGCGCAUCUUUGUGCCCAGCACGAUUGGCGCCUUUGGGCCCGAUAGUCCCCGCAAUCCCACACCGAACAUUACAAUACAAAGGCCUCGCACUAUUUACGGCGUUUCCAAGGUGCACGCCGAGCUCAUUGGCGAAUAUUAUUAUCACAAGUUCGGCUUGGAUUUCAGAUGCUUGCGCUUUCCGGGCGUCAUUUCCAGCGAUCCACCAGGCGGCGGCACCACAGAUUAUGCCGUUGCCGUCUUUCAUGAGGCACUGCGGCAUGGCAAAUACACUUGCUACCUGCGGCCAGACACACGUCUGCCCAUGAUGUACAUUGAGGAUUGUCUGCGUGCUCUGCUCGAGUUCAUGCGCGCGCCCAAUGAGAAACUGAAACGACGCGUCUACAAUGUCACGGCCAUGUCCUUUACUCCCGAAGAGCUGGUGGAUAAGCUUAGCAAACACGUGCCACAUUUGCAUGUGACCUACAAGCCGGACAGCCGGCAGUCCAUUGCCGAUUCGUGGCCGCAGGUCUUCGAUGAUUCGGAUGCGCGUCGCGACUGGCACUGGCAGCACAAGUACGACUUGGACAACCUGGUCGAUUUCAUGGUCAAGGAUGUGCAGGCGAACUACAUCAAUGUGGAGAACGGAGAGCGGCAAACGCUUAAGAUUUAAGAGCAGCAUCUAUCUGCAACUACAAAGUAUUCCACACCAUCAAAUGAGAUUCUAAUGGCAUUUAAAAGCAUUUCAAUGUACAAUUUGUUCAAUUCAUUAUCUACACAAUGACAAAAUUUAGUAAAUAUACACCACGAACUUUUACAGAA